AUGUGAAGACCAUUCGUUUGCAACAUGACACAUGGCGCAUGUUUAGUCUUUAAUUUUAAAAUUUUAUGAUUCAGGAAGAAGCUUUGAGAAUUCUAACAAAGAUUUCUUAUAAAGCUUGUAGUAGUCACCAUGCUGACGUCCAAGAGUUUCGUUAAGAAGACGAAAAGAGGCUCUGUUAUCAAGGUAGUUCGGGAGCAUUAUCUGCGCGAUGACAUUUGGUGCGGUUCAGAAGUGUGUGACAUUUGUUUACAAGAAGCGCCAGUCUUGGAAAGGCAUCCGCAAAUAGACAGCGACUUGUGUGACUUUCCACACUACGUCUUGCCGGACACCAACGUCCUCUUACACCAGAUAGACAUUUUAGAGGAUAACAUCAUCAAGAAUGUUAUUCUACUUCAGACCGUACAGCAAGAGGCCAAGCAUCGCAGUCUGCCAGUCCACAAGAGAAUGAGGGAUAUCAUCGCUAAUACUGACAAGAAAUUCUACGUCUUCACCAAUGAACAUCACAAGGAGACGUACUCGGAGAGGAAACCCGGGGAAUCACCCAACGAUUACAGCGACAGACUGAUCAGACAGGCGGCCAAAUGGUACAAAGACCAUCUGGAGAGGGCCAGGAAGCAGGGGUCAAAGGUCACGGAUGGAGAUGACGAGAGUGGGGUCAGCGUUGUGUUGCUGACUAACGACAUGGCUAAUCGGGACAAAGCAAGGGAGGAUGGCAUGUUGGCAUAUACAGUUCAUGAGUAUGUGAAGUCGCUUAUAGCCAAGCCAGAGUUGAUCGACAGGUUAGCCCAGAUCACCUCAGCUGAGAACGAGAGGAAAAAGCGAGAUUCAGACAUCAGCUCCGACGGAGGGCGCAAGGUCCUCUUCCCCGAGCACAUGUCAGCAACUCAGCUCCAGUCAGCUGUCAAGAACGGCACGGUCAAGCAGGGGACGUUCCACGCCAGCUCAGAGAACUUCAGGGAGGGACACGUCAGCAUCCAUGGCGAGGAACAGAUGAUAUUUAUCAAGGGACUGGCCAAUCAGAAUCGAGCAGUGAAUGGGGACAUCGUUGCCAUAGUGAUACUACCCAAGCACCAGUGGACCUGUCCGUCUUCCGUCGUUGCCGUCGACAAGGCAGAUAAAGAGGAAGAAGGCGAGAAGGACUUUGAGGAGGGUGAGAACUCGGACAGCAGCCGACCCGCAAACUCUCAGCCGACUGGGAAAGUGGUCGGGAUUGUCAAGCGUAACUGGAGGCCUUACUGCGGUGUUUUACAACCGUCCAACAACAUGGAGGGUACACGCCAUCUCUUCAUGGCAGCAGAGAAGAAGAUUCCCAAGAUACGCAUCGAGACCCGCCAGGCCGCCUCACUACAGGGACAGAGGAUCAUUGUGAGCAUUGAUAGCUGGCCGAGGAACUCAAGGUAUCCCAUGGGUCACUUUGUCCGUCUUCUUGGCGAGAUCGGAGACCGAGACACGGAGAAUGAAGUCCUGCUGCUGGAGCACGACGUACCCCACCUGCCGUUCUCCGAGUCAGUGCUCAGUUUCCUUCCCAAGAUGCCAUGGGGAAUCACAGAAGAGGAUGUGAAGGUUCGGGAAGACCUGCGUCAUCUGGAUAUCUGCAGUGUGGAUCCGCCUGGAUGUACAGACAUCGACGAUGCGUUGCACUGUAGAGAACUUGACAAUGGAAACCUAGAGGUUGGCGUGCACAUAGCUGAUGUGACCCAUUUCAUUCGGCCUGGCAAUGCCUUAGAUGAUGAAGCCUUCAACAGAGGUACAACAGUGUAUCUUGUGGAUAAAAGGAUUGACAUGGUGCCGGAGUUGCUGAGCUCCAAUCUCUGCUCACUGCGGGGUAACGAGGAGCGAUUUGCCUUCACCUGCAUCUGGGAGGUGACUCACAAAGCCGAGAUAGUCAGCACUAGGUUCACCAAGAGUAUCAUAUGCUCAAGGGCAGCAUUUACCUAUGAGGAAGCACAGUUGAGGAUUGACGACAAGUCCAUGAAUGACAACGUCACCCUGGGUUUGAGAGGACUGAACCGACUGGCCAAGAUACUCAAACAGAAGCGCUUGGACAACGGGGCACUUGUUCUAGCAUCGCCAGAGAUUCGCUUCAGCAUGGACAGCGAAACGCACGACCCCAUCGAAGUACAGCAGAAGGAGAUGAGAGAGACCAACUCCAUGGUAGAAGAGUUCAUGUUGCUGGCCAACAUCUCGGUAGCCAAGAAGAUUCAUGAGGAGUUCCCCCAAUGUGCCACGCUGCGACGCCACCCCACGCCCUCCCCAUCUAGCUAUGAACCCGUCAUCAAAGCAGCUCUUGCAAAGGGCGUGGAGCUUGAAGUAGACAGCGGCCAUGCCCUGGCCCAGUCCCUAGACAAGGCGGUCAUACCAGACGAACCAUUCUUCAACAAUCUCCUCCGAAUGAUGACCACGCGCUGUAUGACCCAGGCACUGUACUUCAGCAGUGGUACCCUCCCCUUCGAGGAUUUCUUCCAUUACGGGUUGGCUGCGCCCAUCUAUACGCACUUCACCUCGCCAAUUAGAAGAUACUCCGAUAUCUUGGUUCAUCGAGCUUUGGCUGUAGCCAUCCAUGCAGACCAGUCCUACCCAUCACUAUUGGAUAAACAGAACGUACAGACAAUGUGCAAUCACAUGAAUAUCCGUCACCGCAUGGCACAAUACGCCGGCCGGGCCUCCGUAGCUCUCCACACACAGAUCUUCCUCAAAGACAAGAUACUGGAUGAGGAAGGCUUCAUCAUCUUCGUCCGUAAGAAUGCCGUGCAGGUCUUCAUCCCCAAGUACGGAUUUGAGGGAACUCUUUUCCUGAGAGGACCGGACAAGGACAAAGAUGGACUCUUCAAGUACAACGAAGAGGAAUGCACUCAGUCAGCAGGGAAUGUCACCCUGCGAGGUUUUGACAAGGUCAGAGUUCAGAUCAGUGCAGAGACCUCCAACAUCCAGCACCAAAAGCUGCGAAUGAAACUUGUGGAGCCAAAGGUUUCAGGUUUUAGUGUCGACCCUCAACCCGCGGAGCCCACCAGAGAGGUGGAGUCCCAACCCCCACCAACGAAGAAACAAAGGAGGGGCGGUCCAUAGAUGGGAACCCAAAAACUAGAGAUUGUGUCUGGCUUACAGAACAAGAUUGUGGUAACACGGCUGAAAUUCAUUUACCAAUAGGUCAAGAAUAAGCGAGUUUAUCAGUAUCAGCUACGUACAGCUGCAAAGCAGAAACGUCUGUUCCGUGUGUUUUUUACAAGCCAAAGUUGAAGACCGAAUUGAUGACCACUGAUGCUGAACACGAAUAUCCAGUGACCGAGAAUUACCAACUUGAGUUUUGCCACACUGUUGUCCUGAUUAAUAUUGUUCAAUUUCUUGGUCUGUUUGGCGAGGAUAAUUCUCAAAGAAGAUGACAGUUUAGGGCAGAUGACUGUCAAAAAUGAUCUUGGUUAUUCAAAACCAAUCUCAUACCGAUAUUCCAGAUUUGAUGGAUAGGAGGUUGCGCUUGUCUUCGAUCUUCCAGUUUUAAAUAAUUUUUUUCUCUUUUUCCUGCUAAAAAUUGAGGUAAUUUUUUAUUAACAUAUUUUUUAUAUGCACAUAGCAAAUCAACUACUGUCUUUUGCUUUUAAAAGUAUGGAGCUUAUCCAGACAUCAAGCGUUGUUAAUUUUUAUCUUGUGAUAAAUGCAAAUUUCUCAAUUGUGGGGAAUGAAUAAAAUUAAACCAAGACUUGAAUUUGACAUUGCCUAUUCAGUAUUUUUCCCUUUUAACCUUUGAGUCCCUUUAGCAAUUAAGAAAAGGGAGAGAAAUACAGGGUUCUUUUCCAAAUUUUUUUAUUAGUAACUGAACCAAAUAAGCAGGCUUGGCAUUUCACAAUUUUUAUAUAGUGGGAUGAAUUAGAAACAUUAACUUGUUCAGCACUUUUCCUCAUUAGAAAAACUGCUUGCACACAAUCCAGCUUGUACGCUUCGAUAUUUUCAGUCUGUUGUUGGCAAAUAAAAGUUUCUAUUUCAUCCCAUAAAGAAUUCUGUGAUUUUUACAAAAAAGCAGGCGGAAAACUUUUUCAAGGCCAGUACAAUGUACAAUUUGCAUAGCUUUCUGUAAACAUUGAAUACAUUAACUGCACAUGAAAACGUUUUGCAUUUUCGUAUUCAAUCAUCCCUGGAAGGGAAGUUAUGAUGCCAGUCGUUGUUCUACUGAUAAUCACACGAGAGGGAAAACUGCAAAGUAGUUCCUCUGUUUGUUUGUUAGGCAUUAAGCCGUAUCGUCCUUGGUUUGAAGCAAGUGUGUGUUCCCCAGCUUCAAAUUGUUGUUGGCAAUGAACCAGUCUUUGUGUGCAUGCACUCCGUGAUACAACCUAGUACUGGUUACAGCUCUUGAUAUACAUGUACUGUGGAGUCUGUCCCGGUGUGUAGAGGUAGAAGUCACAUCAUGUCCAAACGCCCGGUGCAUGGUGCUCCCACAAAGAGGCUCACAUUCCCCUUGAAGUGGUGGGAUGUUAGGGGUGAAUGAACUCGUGGCCACAUCGUCCUUGCAGUGUGCGGAAUGUUUCCAUCAUAACAUUGCUAUAUCCAAAACAUACUAACGUACAAAACUGUUCACUCACACUAAACGUGAUGCACAACCUACUAUUUGGUAAUAAUUUUUUAGAACAAUUUAGACAACUCUUUGUAAAUUAGUAACUGUUCAUUUCUUGAGCCCAACAUAUUGACACAUUUCAGACAGAACUAAAAGCCACGGAAAAAUGCAACACAAUUUGCUGGGCACAACAAACGAUAAUCACCUAAUAAACUGUUCUCAGAAAUACAAUAUAAAACAGGAAAAC